AUGAGCGAAAUAAUUCAAAGCUCCGAGGAAGAUCAGGAUAUUCAAAAGAUUCGACAGGCACUGCAUAACGGUCACUGGGAAGAUGUUACAAAAGGAUACGCACCUUUCAACACUGAGUUCUGUUUUGCGAAUGACGUUUUACUUCGCAAGAAUAAAAUUGUCAUCCCGCAAAGCCUUCAUCAAACAGUAUUACAGCUUAUGCAUAUCAGUCAUCUAGGUAAAGAAAAAAUGAAAAGAAGAAUCCGGGAAGCAGUUUGGUGGCCAGGUGUAGACGCAGCGAUUGAAAAAUUCUGCCGAGAUUGUUUCGACUGCCAGAUGGUGGGACAGAACAGCAAACCCGAACCACUUCGUAUUAGAGAAUUGCCAUCAGCACCGUGGGUUCAUUUGAGUAUGGGCUUUCUUGGACCUCUUCCCAAUGGUAAAUAUAUUUUCGUGCUUGUUGACCUGUAUAGUCGUUUCGUGGUUGCGGAAUUCAUGUCGCAUACAACCUCUACAGAUGUGAUACGUUUUCUGAAAAAAAUGUUCACGCGAAACGGUCUGCCAUUUGUGUUAACAGCAGACAAUGCUAAAAAUUUCUCAAGUCAGGAACUCAGGGAUUACUGUGUUGAUUUUGGCAUAAAGCUCACGCAUACAACCCCUUACUGGCCUAGUGCUAAUGGCGAGGUAGAACGCCAGAAUCGUUCACUUCUAAAGGUGCUGGAAAUAAGCCAGCAGAACGGUUCUAGUCUAGAAACUGCCUUACAGGAAUACUUAUAUAUGUACUCGCUUAGCACAACGGGAGUACCCCCAGCUACUUUGAUGCAUGGCCGAAAAUUUAGAGAUCUUAUUCCAAAUAUACAGCACGAAUUUCUGCUCGAUGAUGAAAUUAGAGACCGAGAUAUUACAGCGAAGUACAAUGCAAAGGAGUAUAGAGACAAGCGUGUCGGUGCAAAGGAACCAUCCCUUAAGGUGACGAUGUCUUGA